AUGGCUUCCAGUCACUGGAACGAAACCACCACCUCUGUUUAUCAGUAUCUUGGUUUUCAAGUUCAAAAAAUUUACCCUUUCCAUGAUAACUGGAACACUGCCUGCUUUGUCAUUCUGCUUUUAUUUAUAUUUACUGUAGUAUCUUUAGUGGUGCUGGCUUUCCUUUACGAAAUGCUUGACUGCUGCUGCUGUGUAAAAAACAAAACUGUGAAAGACUUGAAAAGUGAACCUAACCCUCUUAGAAGCAUGAUGGACAACAUCAGAAAACGAGAUACUGAAGUGGUCUAGCUCCUACAGAAGGUGAACAAAACCUUUAAAAGCAGCUUUAGCCUCUCCGGAGAUUAAAGAAAAUUUC